GGAUGCCUCCGCGCGGCGAAUGGGCAGGGCGAUUGAUCGAUCACGUGUAUGAGCUUCACGAUGGAGUGUUGUGCUCGAAAUAUGUGAGUUUGGUAGCAGUGCGGGUACUUCGAUCGAUUUAGGAGGCGGCAUUGAGAGAUCCCAGGCGAGGGAUUUAGCAUUGUGGAUUCCAGAGCUUGGAUUGGAUCGCGUAGGGUAGGGUUUUAGGGGUUUAGUUCUCGUCUAGGAGGAGCGCCUUGCAUUUUCUCCAGUCUUUGUCCAUCUCUUCCAUCGGCAGCCAUGGCGACGAAGAGCAAACAAAGCUUCGUGAAGCUCAAGAAGAUCAAGGCUCGCAUGGCCGAUUGCCGGAAGUCACAGAAGCUUGUACUCAGCGGCUUGGAGCUCGAAGAGCUGCCACAAGGAUUAGUAAACAUGAUAAAAGGAGCUGGUGCUAAUGUUGUGAUCGAGUUCGACUUUCACAACAACCAAUUGACGGAUGUGAUACCGGAGAUUUCUGAGUUUCGUGGCCUACGAGCUCUAAGACUAUAUCAAAACAAUCUUCAUCAGCUACCUCAAGUCGUGUUUUCCUUUCAUAAGCUUCAGGUCCUUGAUGUCUCUGAGAAUGAAAUAAGGGAGAUGGAUCAUUUGGUCGGUUCAUUGAUUGCACUUCGCGAGCUCAACUUUGCUCGCAACUAUCUGACGUCGCUGCCGACAUUUUGGAAAAACUUAGGAUUCUUGCUUUAUUUGAAUGUUGCAAAUAAUCAGCUUACCGAGCUACCAGAAUCGCUUGGAACGCUUAGACACCUACAACGCUUGGAUGUCAGCUCAAACAUGCUCUCCACUUUACCUCUGGCUUUGCAAAAUCUCAAGGAGCUGAUACUUCUGGACGUCCAUAACAACCGCCUCGUACAUAUUCCACCAUCACUCAGCCUUCUAAAGAACCUACAAGAGUUCAACUGCGAAGCAAAUCCUCUUGCAGAGCCUGCCAACAAAGUUUACUCUCGGGGUUUUGAAGAGUUUAUGGAGUUCUUGCGGGAGUCAUUUUCGCAGCAGCAACUAGAAGAGCUCAUUCGUCAAAAGCCUCAGCCUACAAUUGUUGGCUCUUACUUGCAGUUUCCUACGCGAUUUGAGUCUGCGCCAGGAGGCCCUCCAAUGAGAAGUCACCACAGUAUGACGGAAGCUGGACCUAUACUGUAUAUGUUUGGGGGAAACAUUCCCAAUUACGGAAAGGUUGAUGAUCUCUACACGUUUGACUUGCGGACAUUGUUGUGGGCUAAACCUGGGACAAGUGGAAAUGCUCCUGCGCCUCGUGAUGGUCACGCAGCGGCCUAUGAUGGCCAUAAGCGGUUGUAUAUUUUUGGUGGUCGAAACGAAGAAAAUAAGCUUUUGAAUGACCUGCACUAUCUUGAUGUCAAGAGUGUGUCUUGGUAUCAGCCUCUUGUAGAAGGGACUGUACCUUCAAUUCGUGAAGGUGCAUCGCUCUCAGUUGCUGCUAACCAGGUGAUAUUAUUUGGAGGCCGUGGAACUCGCCAACGGCAUAACGAUCUGUACACACUCUGCACUCAGUCUCGCAUUCAUAUAAAUAUUUGUUUCAGUAAACUUAAUUUUCAGACAUGGUCUUGGAUACCGCAACGCACGAAAGGAUCUGUGCCUGCACCCAGAGAGCACGCUGCUGUUGCGGCUAUAGGAGCUAAUAUAUACGUACAUGGGGGAAAAGGCAACGUUAUGCAAGAUGACAUUUAUGUUCUGGACGUCAAUAGUCUUGUUUGGACAAAGUUAGUAAACGAAGGUCUAUGCCCAUCUCCAAGAUAUGACCAUGUCGCUACCAUAUUCGACAACAGGCUUUAUAUUGCUGGAGGGAUUGAUGGCAAUGGAACGGCGUUGACUUCAGCGUUUGUUCUUCCUCUCGGGGACGAAGUAUUGCGACAGCCUUCAAAUCCAGCUGUGACUGUUUCAGCAGAAGUUAAGCGAAGUGCACACGAAGGUUCUUGGAUAGAACUCGAAAGCCAGAUUACUUCCGCAUUACAGUGCACGAUUUGUUUCCACGCCAGCAAACUUAUCAUCUUCAAGGUGGAAACUUUGGACGAAAUCGAAUCAGAUACUAGUACUGAAACGUGGGAUAUGUACAUGGAGACAAUGCUGGAGUCUUUGAAACCCCUGAUGGUAGAAACUACGAUGAAGAGGUCUCUGGAUACAAAAACAGAUCGUGUUCUUCAUAUUAUACAUACCAAAAUAAACCAGAUGCCAAGAUCUUACCAGGUUUUAUCCCAGAAAGAGCAACUUCUUUUGAAGCACGUUAAACAUCUUCAGAAGCGAUUUCAGCAAGUAUACCCGGAGAGAAGACCCUUGCUUCUCAUAGCGAAAAAUGAAUGUGGCGUGGAAAAGUUCAUUUGCUCGACAAUACGGCCAUCACACAUGGAGUAUACGGAGUUAUACCAGUGGCAAGGAUGCGCCAGCUUUAUAUCCAACUUCCUAGCAUUUGAUACCCUUGAAGAUCCAAAGUACUUUCCAUCUUACAUACCGUCUUCACAGAGUGUUAUUGAGUGGCAAAGAGGCGAUUGUUUUGAUUUUUCAAUUGCACUGGCGUCGCUUCUUAUUGGUGCCCGCUAUGAUGCAUAUUGUGUAGCGGGAUACGCACCUUUGUUUCUAACUUCCAAUAAUCAGAAACACUGCGAGUGUCCCAAAGCUGUCGAAGAGCGAGAGCUUGCUUCCCGGCGGCCUCCUGAAAAGCCACCACGAACAACAAAAUACUCGAGACCGUCGCCACCUAUACUGAAUGAUCAAUUUCUUUCAAAUGAGAAAGACAUCAGAGAUGCUGCAGCAAAAGGCUUUGCUGAGAUUUUCAAGGGAAGCGUCGAUGCCAAAUUGAAAUACGGGCAAAACGAAGAGGAGGACACACUUCUUAGGUACUGCGUUGAAAGAUGCAACGUCCCGGACUUGGAAGAGGUUGAGCCGCCGGACCCUCCCGAGCCUGCAGAAGCUCUGUCAACUUCAUCAUCUCCUGAUCCAUAUAAAACAGCAGCUGAAGCAGGCACUACAAGCACGACACAAGAAGCAAAGUCCGAUGCAAAACAGGAAGGAAAGUCAGAUGAGGUGGAGCCAGAGCCAGAAAUGAAACCGGACGAUCCGAAGCUGGAGGGAGCAGAAGAAACACCAGAGGCAACCGAGUGUGGUGGCGUACAAAAGCAAAUACAGGAUUCCAUGGUGGUUGAGGCCGUGAGUACUCCAGAGCCGCCGGUUGAACCAGAGGUUGACAAGCUGGACAGGAAACGAGUACAUUGCUGGGUGAUGAUUGUGAGUGGAAAACGAGGUCUGACCGAAAGUUUCUUCGUCGAACCUAGUACUGGUCGGAAGUAUCCUCUGACGGACUCUCCGUAUUAUGCUGUUGAGUACGUCUGGAACCAGAGCAACGUCUGGAUCAACAUGCAGCCGAAUCCAACUCGGGCAGGGAUCAAUGAUCUUUCCUGGAAUUUGAAGGAUACCGUGAAGUGGGAAAGAAUCUUUGAUGGCCUUGACACUGAAGGCCGUUUCCGAGACAACUUGACCAUUGUUGAUGGCAAGAAGGAAGAAGAUACGUCGUCCAAGCCGACUCCUUCUUCUACACCUGCUGGCUCAAGGCCAGAUCCAACUCGCGCUUCAUCUCCAGAGGCUGCUGCUGGAACGAUUUCAGCAACUUCUGGUGCCACGAAGGCAACGAUAGCCAAAAGCAGCUCUGAUAAGAAGACUGUGGUCGACGAGGGAGAAAAGAUUGGCGAGACUGAUAUACAUCACUGGCUUUUGCCACCUUCAUGGGUACCUAAGCUUGAGAUUUCCAUGGAGGCUUUUGUCACAAGGUGUCCGAAAGGAAUGAAGAAGACACACUACGACAAGUGUACUCAUGAGAUGUAUGCAUUUUAUGGAGAUUAUGUUCGCUGGGAUGGAUUGAUCGAACGCCUGCACUUCUACGCUGACAACGACAGGAGAAUCCUUUUGGAAUGUCACGAUUACUUUCAGAGACGCAAAGAUGGCCUUAAAAGGAGAAUUUUUCUCCUGCAGGAGAACAAGGUGCAUGAAUUUUUUAAUCAGGGGACAUCGUUUGGACUGAAGGAAAUUGAGAUAGUAGAGGGGGUGAGCAGAAAAUUUAUGUUCCAUUCUGGCGCUCGAACUGAUGGAUUGGUUUGCCGCGAAGAGCUGCUAGGCAAGAAGCUUGUUGAAACGUUUGAUAACUCGGAAAGCUCAAUGGUGUACCGAUGUGCAUGUUAUGGUGUGCCGGCUCCAGUAACUUUGCCUCAAGGCAGUCCUAUUUUUCGAAGUGAACCAGAUUCAGCAUCAACAGCAGCAACUGCCGAGCCUAAGACCAAAAGUUCGUCUCGUGGGAGUAGCCUUCGUGGCGACUCGGCGAGCAGAACAAGCCGAGCUCGAAUAUCUUCUGACAGUGCAAGGGGAAAGUCAUUAUCACGCACUAUGUCUCGGUUCAGGAGCGUUAGUAGCAGAAGGUCACGAACCCCUGUGAGAGAUAAGCGAGAUCCUGUUUCAGAACGAACGUACACAAUUUCGCUGGCUGCCAGAAGGAAAACUGUUGCUGACAACUUUCUACCGAUCACCAAACUUACACUAAAGUUCUCCAAGCAACACCCGAAGAAUGUUGCAAAAAAGGUUUUCCGCUUAAGCCAAGAUCAGAUCCGCAUUGACUACCAUCAUAUAGGUCGUCGUAUCACUUCCAUUUCGCGCGUCUAUACGAAAGAUGGCACAAUGACUCUACUUCAGGUUGACCCUUUCGAAAAGGAACUGGAAUUGUUUGAGAGAAUGGAUGAGUUUCAUGAACUUCUGAUAACUGAACGGGAAAUGAUAAAGGCAGUCCGUGAUGGGGAGAAUGAAACUCGUGAUAUUCUUCAGCAUCGCCUCAAGGAAGAGCAAAACGUAAUUCUGGAGCUGCCAUAUACAGACGUUGCUUGUUUCAAGCAGGACGACUCGUUGCAGGACCGAGAAGCAGAAAAGAAGGCACCAACUGAUUAUUUGUCACCGUUUUUGCCACCGGGUACAAGACCAAGGCAAAAGCUGACGCGGGUUCAAAUGCUUGAAGUUCGAGAAAAUUGCCUCAAGGCACUAAAGCAGCGUCUGUUGAAUCGAGCCACGAUCAUUCAGACACGCUAUGACGAAGAAACUGCUGCAUUAGCAAAGCGGCGAGCAAACUUUGAACGGGAUAGAGAACAAAUGACCGUGGAUGAAGUUGAAAAGUAUGAGCAGGACUGUGAGACUGCUGUUUUCCGCAUCCGCAUUUUGGAAAAACGAGCAAAAGAGCACGAACAGUCAGCUUUGAGGAAGUACACGGAGCUGGAUAGGAAGCUGAGGAGCGAUCCCCGGCUUUCAUCACUUUAUGAUGGAACAGCGAUGUGAAAGCUUUAAAACCCAGAAUGACAAUGUUUUGCCUCAACGAUGCAAGCAGCGGUUUGUAUGGGGAGAGGAUCAAACUAGACAUCGCCAAAACAGUGUAGCAACAUUGAAGAAAACCAGGUGUCUUUCAAUAAGUUACUUGGCGCUCUAGUCGCCAAGUAACUAAAGAACACUAAAUUCGGGAACGGGGAUAGAU